AUGCGACCACGCCAAUCCACGUCCACGUCCGUUGCCAGAGCACUGGACGAGGCCAUGUCGCUGUUCUUCGAAUCACGGUCGGGAGCCAAUCGACGUCAGAUCAUCAUUUUAGCGCAUGACGGAGUGAACACUGACCUUGUAGCAGAGACGUUGGAAGCAGUGUCAAACGUUGAAAAACUUGGAGCCGUUGUAUUCGCUGUGACCGGUAGCUCAAGAGCAAAUGCGUUCGCUCUGCUGGGUUACGCUGGAUCGAGGGAUCGACUGUUUGUCUCAGCGGCUGAUCGAGCCGUUUUUCAAGAGGCCAUGGAUGAGGUAUAA